AUUUGAAUGAAGAUAACAAAAAAGGUCAGUUAGUUCAUCAACAUAAUCGAAAAUUAAAACGAAAGAAAAAUGAAUCAUAUAAAUCAAGAAAAGAACAAAAAAUUGAAAAUGAAAAUGACGAGGACAAUUACUCUCAGGGUUCUUCUGAUGAAGAAAAUGGACAUCAUGUCUCGGAUCCAGAUGACGACAGUGAACCAACAACAAAUGAUGAUGAGGAAACAAUAGCUGAUAGAAGGAACUGGAGGCGAAAAGGUUACAGACUCUAUCGUCUGGAUAAUCCAACUUCAAUUCUUAUUGAACAGCGAACAACCACGGCUGCUACAAAUGAAGCCGCUACAGAAUUAAUAGUUUUAAACGAAGGUGUAUUUACUCGUAUUAAAGUUGCCAUGGAAGAAUCAGUACCAUUUGUACAAGGUAUGUCUCAAAAUAUAUUUUGUGGUGAUUUUCCAAUAUUUCAAGAAAAAUUGACACGAACUGGUGUUCAAGCGUGGUCAAUUGCAAAAUUACCUGACAGUAGCAGUGAUUAUGUCUUUAGUUUAUUAGACGGUCCCGAACUUUAUCUGUUAAAAACCAAUGCCAUUGAACUAUUCACAAAAACACCAAUUGAAAUAUGUCCAUAUUUAAUUUAUCAUUCAAAGUUAAACUUGAUCUUUGCGUAUGAAUCAAAACAAAUAUUAACGAUAACAAACGAAGGUAUAGUGGAAAAAUCAAGAUUAUUUGAAAAAUAUAUCGAUGAUCAAAAGAUUAUUUCAAUGACGUUUGAUGGUGAAGGAAUGAUUUAUAUUUUGAUACAAUAUACUCGUCUCGAUAUUGAUCAAUAUUCAAUUUUGAAAUUUGAUCAGAAGGUUGAAUUUAUUGAAAAAAUUAAAUCAAAUCAGUCUCAUUAUAAAAUAAUUACACAUAUGGUAGUUUCAUCAGAUGGGCGUACAUUUUAUUUUUCCGAUUAUGAUGAUGGUACUGUUUUUAAGUGGUCUAAGACUUGA